AUGUCAGGCCCAUUCCGCUUCAAUCAGCAGUCGGCCCCGUCACCGCUUGAGCGAGCCGCAUCCCCCUUCUCUGCUGCGCAACAGCCAGUGUCCUACAAGACCAACGUCAAUCGUGCAAAAACAAGAAAAUGGGUCGAGGCGAAGAAGAACGCAUACGACGGCGACGACUGGGGUGACUAUGACGAGUACGAUGAGUAUGGGGUAGACGAGAGCCCACAGCCGGAACCUGCACCUGCACCGCUUUCCAACCCACGGUACUACGGCCACCGGCCCCUGCAUGACACGCCGUCGCGGAGUUUCACGGACCCCUCACAAGCGCCACUGUCCAAGGCGCGCAAGAACUCGUUCGAUGCAGGCGAGGAGCAGCGGUCCUUUUCAGCGUCCAUACCUCACCUCCAGCAGCAGCAGCAGCAGCAGCAGCAGCAGCAGCAGCAGCAUCAACAACAGCAACAGCAACAGCCACCACCGCCGCCGCUGCUUCAGACUGGCGGUAUGGAACAACACGACACCGGUAGCUCUCCGCAGAAUCGAGACUUCAGCCCGUCUGCUAUGCCUCAACCGCUGCAUACACCCUUCUCCACGGGUCCAGCUGAUGUACAAAGCUCCCCACAGAACACCCAGUUCCCUCCGCGCAAAAGCAGCAUAGGACAGGGCAGCGUGCCACAGGGACCGAUCGACUUUAUUUCAAUCGCCGCCUCCCCACGAGAGCGCGCUGGUAGCCAGGACAAGGCCCUGCCGUUCAUCAGGCCGGCGGACAUCUACAAGCGGGUGGAGGAGGAGCGAAGGCGAGAGUCAAUGGACGCGCCACGACCCAACUCAGACGCAAUUUUUUCUCGUCCGACAAACGAGCCCAAGUCUCCAGCAGCAGACAGGCGGAACUUGCAGCCUCUGGAGACGGUCGGCGAGCGGAAAAGUGAGCACCUGCCAGAUCUAAACAUUGGGUCACAGGACAGGAGCGACCCUCAACCAUCACAGUACGACAAUCGCGUGCCGUCUGCACUCAAAGGCAUCCCGACUUUCGACAAUGACUUCUGGUCUAGUGGCCCGGACCUGCAGACACCUGCCAGCCACGCGCCUGUCGUGUCACCCUCCCAGGAUCAGGGGUUCCGCUCAGUAGUCGAUCAGGCUUUCACCCGCAGCGACGAUCAGCGCUCAGUGCCGCCCACACCUAUAUCGAAAGACUCUGACUCUGAUCUGAACAGGAGUAACACCGGCAGCACAUCUGGCAUCAGUCCUAUCAUGAGCCGUGUCCCAAGCUCCGCGACUUCAGCGCUGAAAGUCCGCAAUCUUGGCGAUGGUAGUACACCCGUGAUUGCAGAGGAGCCACACGAGGCAAGGACCCCAGUCUCCAGGCCAACCUCCGGCAACUUUCCGCAGACCCCGAACGCUUUCCAAGGCCACGCCCGCAACGUAUCAAACACUUCACUCCCACGUAGCGGUUUGGCGACGCCGACUCGAGGUGACAGCCCUGCACGAUCGCCUGCGUUUGGCCCCCAAAAGACCUUACCUGAACCAGAAGCAGCACAGAUUGCGACGGACAGCCCAGAGAUUAUGGAAGGUGGACUCAGCGGGCCCCACUCUGAUUACGCCACACGUGAAGCAGACAUUGCCACAGCCAUGUUGAGCAAUCCAGUGCGAGCAGCUCCCGAGCUUAGCGCUGCAGAGAAGCAAUCGCAAGAUGCGUUUCUCGAAUCGCAUAACGCGCAAUCACCUAUCGGCGAUGCCCUGCCACGAGACCGCUCAGAGUCGCCAAGCAAAGGUCGCGUACAGGCGCUGGCUGGUAAAUUUGGCGACAUAUCACACUCCAGGCGCGGCUCGACUCAGUCCAAUAUUUCGAGGAAUAGCAUGCAGUCGUGGGAGCGAAGUCAAGACAAUUCUCGUGCACCUUCACCAACAAAAGCCAGUCCAGGGAAGCCUGGCAGUUCCAAGAAAGAAUUCAGGCCGCACCUGCCUGGUGGAUGGGAGUCAUACGCUAUUACGACCCCAGCACCUCUCGAUCCGACUGAGACAGAAAAAGGGCUCGGUAUGGAGAGGACCCAAGGCCAGCCAGCAUUCGCUCCCGCUGCUCGUGUUGAUCAAACCGAGUCGGAUCGAGGCCGAGGCGUAGAGAAAGAUGCUCCAUUAACCCUUGCAGACAUUGAUCUCACGCCCACCACAAAGAAAGGUCAGGCUGCUGAGGUUGACACACCGGCUUUUGACCCCAUCUCGGCACUGAAGGACGCUGGAGCUGCCAUGACUGAGCCGUUACGUACAACAGCUGGGUUCGGCGGUUCUUCAGAGCAGGAGCAACAAGGUCGCCGAUCUCACGGCGACGUCUACAUGCCUCGACCAUUACAUAUGGAACGGGCAUCAUCUGCAAUCUCGAGCAUACCACCAACGCCACCAGCAAAAGACACCCCUGAAUCCGAGUUCCCACCAACACCACCACUGAAGGAACACUCCCCUGAGCUCAUGCCUAGACCUGAACGGCCGAUCAUGGCCCAACAACUCAGUACUGAUCCGUCGGCUGAUGACCAGGAGAGUGACCGGCUACGGAAGGAGAUAGUCGCAAGUUUAAGCCCAUUGCGAAUGUCGAGAGUCCCAACCGCUGACCCGGAUCACAAUUCGCUCCGCCCAGACAGCAAAGGUGCCGAUCAAGCUAGCUCCAUCCUCGACAGUUACUAUGCAGAAUUAGACAGAGGCUCGCCAAAGAACUCAAACGAGCUGGACAGAAACAUUCCUGAGCUUGCGCCCCUAAAAUCAGCGUCCUCUAUACAGUCUGCGAUGUCUCAGAAGCCUGCAGCCCUCAAAAGAUACAGUUGGGAGGCAAAAAGCCCCUCAGCGACACCCGAGAAGCAAAUCCAAGCUGAGGGAGUUCCUUCCCCAACGAUCGAGCGUGCAGUGGAAGAAGAGCAGCAGCAAUGGAACGAAGGCAUCCCGCAAGACCCAUACUUUGGUCCUGGCCACACCUUCACAGUGACCAAGCCAGAACCUUUGACGGAUGCCGAACUUGCAGCUCGUGCUGUUACACCUCCGCCGGGCUCUGGCUUGUCGCUUACAAGUCCCCCGACCCGCGAACAGACUAGGUCACCUGGGCUUCAUAUCGUCAACUCCGCAUUGGAUCCUGAAGCUGUCGAUCUUCCUCCGCGCUGGAGCGCUGAACAUUCUCCCCAGCCGCCGAAGGAGACCGAAGCAGUGUCACCAUCACAACAGCACAUGGAGCAGCAAGACACGAAUCCGGCAGUCUCUGCUCACACAGCAUUAACCGGAUCCAUAGAGGCACCUGAGUCAUCCGCGGUCCACGAACCUGAAACUAAAUCAUCUGCAUCCCUAAAGUCUCCCGCAUCGGACAAGCCUUUAGGUGCUCGAGAAAUUGCAACGAUUGGGUCGGCCGCGGAGCGUAUCGCUACUUACAACAAGACUCGCGACCAAUGGGCUACCACUGACCAUGGUCUGAGUGACUGGAUAGCUGCGACUUUCGAAGCUGAUCCAAGCCUUGCUACGCAAAGUGUGCAACCCUUCCCUCAGCCUAGGCCUCAGUCAGGGACGUUUCGCCACAAGCACACUGGCUCCCUUGCUAUGCUAGGCAAGUUCACCGGUUCGGGCAACAGCCAGCCCUCGGCCGGUGCAUACUACGAGCAGUACAAUUCGACAGCUGCGCAAGUGCCAGCCUCGUCGAACUCUCCAACUGCAGGACCCACAAAGACCGCCUCAGGUUUCCUAGGUCGGACUGCAAGUCAUUCGAUCCAGACCCAACAGAUGCAAGCUAAAGGCAAAGACUUACUUCAUACUGCUGGUGUGUUGAGCGGAAAAGGCAUGACAAGUGCAAAGGGCUUGUUUGCCAAGGGCAAGAGCCGCUUCAAUCGCGACAAGGUAGACAAAUAA